AUGCCAGCACCAGCACCAGGACUCCAGUCCAUUUCGGACCUGACCACAACCUCCCGCAUCACCACAGGGGAUAUCCCCCCUCCCCUGGUCGGAGCAACUAUGACAAUCGUCGACGACAAGCUGUAUCUCUUUGGUGGUCGUUUGAUCCAAAGCCGUUUGAUGACAAACGCUCUCUACAUCCUUCACCUGGAAGAGUUCCGCUGGGAGAAUGUCUCCGAGAUCGUCAAUGUGCUCCCCCCACAGGCCGCUGUCGGCGACCCAGGCGCCGAGGACGAGAACGAAAAGUCGGCUCCUCCAGCAGAGAGAUACUUCCAUUCCGCCAACGCCUACAAGAACAUGAUCGUGUUUUUCGGAGGAAUGGGUCCAGCCCCUGGUUCGGCCGAGGGUCAGCAGCAGGAUCUGGUGGUCUUUGACGAUAUCAAGGUGCUCGAUCUCGAGCUCCUUCAGUGGCGGCAGGUCCGCAUUCCUUCGUCGCCCCAUGCACCCAAACCCCGCUACGCCCAUCUCUCCAGCAUCUCUGGCAACAAAUUGGUCGUGAUUGGCGGUCAGGACAUUGGAAACCAGUAUAUUGAGGAGAUCAACGUGCUCGACCUCGAUGGUUGGCAGUGGGUCUCUUCCAUGCCCUUUGAUAAGCACUGUGGCUCUUACCGCUCAAUUGCUGUCAGUGGCAGUGGUCAGGGAACCACCAUCCCCCAGAUCGGAAGCGAAGUUGAUCAGGCUUCGGCCAACUCCCUCUCACCUACCACCGACGGCUUCCCCACAUCGUACCUCCGCAAGGCAUCCUCCAACACCUCCCUUCACUAUACACCCUCAUUGCGCAAGAGUGCGUCCAACUUGGCCUUACCCAAGAAGGGCGGUCCCAUGUCGCGCCUUUCUGGAGGACCUGGCAGCUUUGGCAGCUCGCCCCCAAAGGAGCAACGCUCGUCUAUUUAUCGCUUGUCGACAUUGAUGACCUCGACCACCCCUGUUCAACAAGAGGAGCACCCCGUCUACCUCUACUCCAACUUCAACUUUACCGAUGUCAAGCGAGAGCUCCAGGUCUUGACCCCACCUGGUUUCCAGGUCCAGGACCACUCCCAGUCCAUGUCUGGCAACCUCUUGCCUCCUGGUCUCCGUUUCCCUACCGGCGCCAUUGCUGGGCAGCACCUGUUGCUCUCUGGAACAUACCUGACCAGCACACAGCAAUCUUUCAGCAUCUGGUCGCUAAACCUUUCCAGUUUGGUCUGGACUCGUAUCGACACUGGCUCCGUUUUCAACUCGGGAUCAUGGAACCGUGGAUUGUUGCUUGAGGGCUCAAACGCUUAUUUAGUUUUUGGAAACAAGACCCGCAAUCUCGCUGACGACUACCAGAACCGUCAGACCAACUUUGAGCAUGUCUCGAUUGUUGAUUUGGAGGCAUUCGGCAUCUACCAGCACCCACCCACCACCAUGACCCAGACAGCUCAGGAGCUCGGCCUUGGACUCUUGAAUGACCCCUCGAUGGCCGAUUUUGAGAUUCUAACCAUUGACAAUCAGCGCAUCCCCGUCAACUCGGUGAUCCUCUCUGCGCGAUGGCCGUACUUUGGGGCGCUUCUCAGGGAACAGGAGGAACAGGACGCAGCAGCAGCAGCAGCAGCAACUCCCGGGGACGGGGACGUCAAGGAGAAUGACGCCACUCUAUUCUCAAAGAGGACGCUGUCGCUGCCAGAGCCAUACACCAUUGUCCUAGCCUUCCUCCAAUAUCUCUACACUGAUCACCUGGUCACUGCACAACAACAUCAUUCCCAGGUCCUCUCACAGCUGUUACUCCUGGCUGAUAUGUAUGGCUUGGACCGCCUCCGGGAUCUCGCCACACACGCCCUUCACCAGAUGCUCAACAUGUCGACAGCGGCCAUGGUCUACGAGACCGCAGCCCUUUCUCAGCAGACCGGACUUCAGAUCCGGUCGUUGAAGGUGAUGAUUGCGGCCAAGAAGAUGCUCCAACAGCAGCAGCUCAAGCUUCAACAGCAACAGGCACAGAGCCAGAGCAUUUCAGCCGAACAUGCAUGGCGUUCGGGUGAACAUUCAGAAGGAAACCCCUACUCCUCUAACGGCUCGUACAUGUCACAACAACAAAACAUCCACGGAAUCUUCCAACCCUCCCCUCCUCCACCACUCUCACCCGGAUCCUCUAUCGGCAACCCAUCAUCGCCCGACUUCCGUCGUGGAUCCGUUACAUCGCAGAACACUGGUCUCCCUCAUAUGGUCAGGAAUCGCGGUUCGUUGUUGGGAGCGAUGCCCCCUCAACACUGGAACACUGAACCCCUGACUCCUCCCCCGGCUUCGCCACCACCCCCAGCAGCUAUGCCAUCACAGUCCACGCCGACCAUCAAACAGUCCUUCUUCUCCUUCCCUGGAUCCAAGAGCAAGGCCGCUGCCGCUGCAGCAGCCGCCGCCGCCGCGUCCAACCCUCCACCCAUGUCUGCACCCCUGGCGCCACCACCAUCGGAUGCGGCGUCGAUCCGUAGCGGCAAGAGCGGCGCGUCGUCAGGAUCGGAUCUAUCGCCCGCAGACAAGAAGAAGCAAGAUGAGGCACACAAGCGAGAAGUGAUGCAGCGGCUAAUGGAAGGCAGCUUGGGUAACUCUGUCUUUAGCGGUGGAGCAGGAGGAUUCGCCAUGGGCAGCUUUUAA